AUGUCUCCAAGCGGCUCACGUAUUAUUGAUCCCAUGCGAGCCUCCACCGGAACGGUGCAGCUCAGCUCCUCUUACGACCCUUCCUCCGCUAGUCGAUCCACAUACUCGGGCCAUCCGUCCAGCGGGCCAUAUGUGGUGACAGCGUACGACCCCCGGUAUUUUCGGGAGGGAGGAUUAGAAGCCCAGCGGGUUUCAUCAAAAACUUAUCGAGAUGCUGGCCACUCAACCAAAUUGCGAACCGAGUAUGAAAUUCGCCCAAGGCAACGGAGUAAUACUACCUCCGCGGCAGAUACCCAUUUGGCUCCUGCCCUCUUCCAAGCCAUGACCAUCAUCCGGUGCAUUCCUCUUCGCCCCGGCGCCACCGGCGCACCCUCUUUCCGUCUCUCAUAUCGAUUAUGCCAGGAGCAAGAUCUCAGUAGACGCUCGCGAUAUCCGCCUACGGGAGGCCUUCGCAAGGGGGAGGACAUUGACGAUUAUGAUGCUUAUUCCUAUACCAAUCCUCGCGAACAGUUUGAAAAAGAUUCUGCCGCGCGAAUUCACCACGAUCGGGGCUCAUACUGGAGGGAGAGGCCCCUGAGCUUGACCGGGAUUGAUGAUCCUCAGCUAGUAUCAAGAAGCGGACCCCGAUCGCCUAAGCCUCCCCCAUCUACAAGAGGUUUCGACAGACUGGAGUGGGAUCCGAGGGUACGGCGUCCGAUACAGGGCUCUGCUGAUAGCGACAUUGACGUCGCCAGUGUGCACCGGCGCAUGCCGCGACGAAAUCCGGUUCAUCUACACCAAGAAGCGGAUGAAGGGUACUCUUCAUACAGGAGCGAUUACGAAGAUGCUCACCGUCACCGGCAUCGGCAUCGACGGCAUAACAGCAGUAGGAGUAGUCGACAGCCGUAUGGUGAUGGUGCGUCAAGGAGCUCCAUCACUAAUGAGCCUGCUCCCCAAGGCACUACUACUGGGCUAGGGACGGCUGUCCUAGGAGGUAUAUAUGAUGACUAUGAAUCUCAACGAGCCGAGCGCCAUCGCUCUUACGAUCACGACACGCGAGAGCGUCAUAGUCGACCGCAGAGGCCGUCUAGGCGCCGAGCCGACAGCGAUUCCGAUGCAUACACUUCUGACGAGGACCUGAGGAAACACAGACGCGAGGCGUCGGCGCGCCCGAAAGCUAGCAGAUCUGAUGAUUCUGCAAGCGGCAGCGAGCGCCCUCGACGGCGCCGGUCCCACUCACGCCAUCGUCCGCAAAAUAGCCCUACCAACAAGGAGAUGAUCCAGGUAGAUCGUCAGGAAGAUAAAAGGGCAGAAUCUACAGUGUCGAAGGACAGUGAGACCCCGCCGAAAGGGAUUUUAAAAAUACCUACAGAUAAAUUCCCCGAGGAACCAAACCCUGUACGAGAAGGGGUGGCGCCUCUGAAGGACGCGCACAAGAAAGGCAUUCCUCCCGGUGCGCGAUGGACUAAGAUUGAUCGUCGACUAGUCAAUCCCGCGGCCCUAGAAGCUGGCCGUGAGCGCUUUGAGGAACGGUCGGACUACGUGAUAGUCUUGCGGGUGCUGAGCAAGGAGGAGAUCCAAGCGUAUGCAGUCAGGACGCAAGAGAUACGAGAUGCUCGCUACCGUGAGUAUGUUCAGGAGCGACGUCGGAGGCGAGAAGAAGAUAAGCGACGUGGUCGUCCGGUAGAUGACUUCUCAAGCGACGACGAAGAGGAUGACGAUGAUUCUCCCGGGGGAGUCGAGGAUAAGCCGGCGGAGCAGCAUAAGCUGGCAGAGCCUGUGAAGUCAGCAGGCUAA